UCACUUAAUAGGAAUAAUGUUUCCAACAUGUCUGUGCAGUCGCUGCUUUGUGAAAGGAUUGCCAUUGCCAAGGAAUUGAUCAAGAGAGCAGAAGCCCUUUCCAAGUCCCAGAAGAGGAGAAUAGAAGGUGGCGCAAAAUUAUGUGGCAAACUGAAGGCCGAGUUAAACUUCUUACACAAGGUGGAGGCAGGGAAGGUGGCCAUUAAAGAAUCUCACCUACAGAGUACAAACCUUACCCAUCUCCAAGCCAUUAUCCAGUCAGCAGAGAACCUGCAGGAUAUUGUCAGUGUUCUCCAUGUCUUUGCUUACGAGGACAGGUUUGGAGACAGACAGACACUGGUGGUAGAUGUUGUUGCCAAUGGAGGUCACACAUGGGUGAAGGCCAUUGGUCGGAAGGCUGAGGCCCUGCAUAACAUCUGGCUGGGGAGAGGCCAGUAUGGUGACAAAAGCAUCAUUGAGCAGGCAGAGGACUUCCUGCAAGCAAGCCGUCAGCAGCCGGUGGAAUACAGCAAUCCCCACAUCAUCUUCGCAUUCUACAACAGUGUGUCCAGUCCCAUGGCAGAGAGACUCAAGGAGAUGGGAAUAUCUGUGCGAGGAGACAUUGUGGCUGUGAACUCACUGGCGGAGCCAUCUACAGAAAACCAGCACCUUAGUGCCAGUGAAUCAGAUGAAGAAGGCCUUGAGCUCCUGCAAGUGACCAGAGUAGACCGGGAGAACUUAGUGGCCAGCCUUGCUUUUCCUACCCAGAUCAAAGUAAAUGUGUGCAAUAGAGUUAACUUGGACAUUACUACCUUAAUAACUUACGUCUCUGCUCUGAGCUAUGGUGGCUGCUACUUCAUCUUCAAAGAAAAAGUGCUAACGGAGCAAGCGGCUCAAGAAAGGAGGGAGAGAGUCCUGCCCCAGCUGGAGGAAUUCAUGGAGGGGAAAGAGCUCUUUGCUUGUCAAUCUGCUGUCAGAGAUUUUCAAUCCAUCUUGGAAACGCUGGGAGGACCUGCGGAGAAAGAGCGAGCUGUGCUGCUUGUUAAAAGAAUUAACGUGGUGCCAGAUCAGCCGUCUGAGCGUGCCUUAGGAUUAGUGGCCAGUUCAAAAGUCAACAGCCGUUCUCUUACCAUUUUUGGGACGGGAGACACUUUAAAAGCCAUCACCAUGACUGCAAAUAGUGGUUUUGUGAGGGCAGCGGCAAACCAAGGUGUCAAGUUCAGUGUUUUUGUCCAUCAGCCCCGAGCAUUGACAGAAAGCAAAGAAUCUGGUGCCACACCUUUGCCAAAGAGCUGCCCACCUGAUAAUGAACCAUAAGUCAUUGAAUGAGUUAGUCGUUGAAAUACUGCAGGUAUUUGGAGAAACAAG